UUGGGUGAAGAAGUUGAAGAAAACAAGGUUGUUUCCAAAGAUUCUCGUACUUCAGAUUCUUCGAGUAGCAGUACGUCCCAUAGUACUGCUCUGUCCGGUAGUGGUGCUGAUUUUCACGACCCUAAUAAGGUACAAACGCAGGACGGAGUGCAAGACCUCUCACAAAAGAAACCUUUGGCAGAAGAAAACAGACACCUCGGAGGGGAUGUGGGUCACAAUCAACACACAAAUGAUAUCAACCCAUCAGUUAAUUCAAGGGUUAAUGGGCAAGUGGGAACUACUAUUCCAGCCAUAUCUCCUCCUGCUCUGGGAGGUCAACAGCCUGUUUCUGCACAACUGUCAGCUCCAGAUGGACCAAAAGUAUCCAGUGAACACUCAAGUACGCAACGACCUGAAGAUGCAUCCACUAAAGACGAUCAUGAUCUUCAACAUGCAAUGAAAUCACAUGAGAAACAACAAGAAGGCACAAACACUCACGAUAAACAAGGCGGAGAGACCACAGGCACAUCAAUGCCAGGAACUUCUGUCGGUCAAGAGACUUCCGCAAAUGCACCUCAGAAUACACCUGAAACUUCUUCGUACACUUCAGCCACACCGAAUGCUAACGAAUCUGGAGAUGCACAG